GCAGCCUUGUUGCCAGGCGAUGAGGGACCCUCCCCCCUGUAGAAUGGUGGUUGGGACGCUGCUCUGGCCGUGACCUUUUGGCUCCUCCCGUUAUUCCCGGCCCGGCCGAGUGGUCUGGGGGCGGGGCCUGUGAGCGGCCGGAACCGGAAGCUGGCCGGGCGGGGAGUGUUGCGGAGGGCGCGCUCCGGGUCGCUCCCCUGGCUGCUGGCCUGCGGCAGAUGAAGGAGUCGCUGCGGAAGGUGGACUGCCUCAUCGAGGUGCACGAUGCCCGAAUUCCAUUCUCAGGCCGGAACCCGGCCUUCCAGGAGUCCCUGGGAAUCAGACCUCACCUGCUUGUACUGAACAAAAUGGACCUGGCUGAUCUGACUCACAAAGCAAAAAUUCUGGAGCGCUUGGAGCAGGAAGGGCUCAAAAACAUCCUCUUCACAAACUGCGUAAAAGAUGAAAAUGUCAAGAAGGUCAUCCCUCUCAUCACGGAUCUGGUCAGCAACAGCCAGCGCUACCAGAGAGUUGAGAACAUGGAGUACUGCAUCAUGGUGAUCGGAGUGCCCAACGUGGGGAAAUCCUCCCUUAUCAACUCCAUGCGGAGGCUGCACCUCAAAAAGGGGAAAGCGUCCCGUGUGGGUGGCGAGCCAGGGAUCACCAAGGCCGUGCUUACCAGAAUCCAGGUCUCCGAGAGGCCCCUUAUGUAUCUGCUGGACACGCCUGGAGUGCUGGCUCCGAGAAUAGAGAGCGUGGAGGCGGGCAUGAAGCUGGCCCUGUGUGGGGCCAUCCGGGACCACCUGGUGGGUGAGGGCAUCAUGGCCGACUACCUGCUGUACACCCUGAACAAGCAGCAGCAGUUCAGGCUCCCACCUGGAAAGGGCAGGUAUCAGCCCUGCUGCCCCAUGCCAGAGCAGCGAGGUGUUCACUGCCUGAGGCCCCCCGUAGCCAGCAGUCCUCGUAGAGUGGCAGCUGGGGACACCACACAGCUACGUGGAGCGCUAUGGGCUGGGCGAGCCCAGCGACGACAUCGAGAGCGUGCUCAAGCGGGUGGCACUGAAACUGGGCAAGACACACAAAGUGAAGGUGCUCACAGGGACAGGGGACGUGAACGUGAUCGCGCCUGACUACCCUGCAGCCGCCUAUGAGCUCCUGCGCACCUUCCGCAAGGGGGAGCUGGGCCAGGUGCUGCUGGACUGAGCCCUGCCCAGCCCCCACGCCUGGCUCGAGCUCAGCUGCCACCCUCUUGCCCAGGCUGAUCAUGGCAUGGAGGUGGCUCAUGGGCAAAGCAGGAUGUGGUGGGCCCAGGCUGUUUCCCUCCUCCUGCCCCAUGCACACGCAGCUCUGGGGUCAGUAUGGCUGUGGCCAGGAGAGCAGCCCUCAUGUGGGUCUGUAUUUGGCUUCCCAGCCAGGGCCAGGGCCCCUGUCAUCACUUGAGUGGGCUCUGUCUGCCCAUCAUCCCAAGGGUGACGUGCUGUGAACAGACCCGAGCCCAGGGACUCCCCCAUCCUCUGUUGGGGGUUCUUGGAAAGGCAGGGCCCUGAACUGCCCCCCUGCGUAGGUUCAUGCUCCUUUGGGCUAUUGCCCCGGUGGGCAGAGCCAGCCUCUGUGUCUCCUGGAAGAGCAGAGCAGCCCUGCCAGGGACCCCUUCAACAAGACGUGCUUCCGCUGUCCCACAGCAUGGACCAAAGGGCUCCAGCUGUGUGCGGGCAAACCCUCGUCUGCUCUGUCACUGCCACAGCUGUCAGCCCACUGGUCUGUAGUGGCCAGCAAGCCCCAGUGCUGGGCCUGGAUCGUGAGGGCAGGUGCAGCGUGUGGUGGCAGCUUCAUUUAAAAUAAAAACUGGGGCACAUGUAGUGAAAUCCAAGCCCUAUGCUGCUAGGAUUUAAUGGUCAUUAAAUUCAGUUCCAUCCUGUCA